UUUUCCUACUACCGAGCGACCGUUGUUGACCGUGAGCUAGAGACCCACUUUUGUCGAUUGAUGAUUUCCUGGACCACCUACAACAGUGCCACGAUGGUGCCAGCCAUUUUGUUCGGUGCAUUGGUUUACGGUGAUGCAAAACGAUUUGGCAAGGAGAUAUACGCCUUUCUGCGACAAAUGGAAGAUGAACGAGUCCAGAAUCAGGUGGGAGGGGGCUAUAAUCGAAUGGCCUAACACGCAGCCAUUGUUGAUCCGCUUCCAUUUACAGUUUUUCACUUUGGCGCAACAGCUGGAUCAUCGGUCAAUUGCCAUCAAAACGGGGCUCUUCUUCGUCAAUUGGCCAGUCUUUGCCUCGGUGAUUGGCUACAUCGCUACCUAUAUCGUGAUUUUGAUCCAAUUCGAUAGUAAAGCGAGGGAGAUUAAUGGUGUUAACAAUCUACUGCAGACGAACCCCAAUCACACGACAUCCCUAGCAUCGUUUGCUAAUCAAACCGUUUAUUAA